GUUUGACACCUGGCUUUCUUCUCGUUUAAAGCUGCCCCCCAGCUACCUGCUCAGCUACUCAGGCAACUACACCGACGAUGCCAAGAGCUGGCGGCUGGUGGACAUCACCCGGCUGACCUCCAAGUACCAGCACGACCGGGCCGACAAGCGCAUCUGCACCUCCCUGCUGAAGACGAAGACCUGCAGCCUGGAGCGCGCCCUGCGCCGCACACGCCGCUUCCAGAAAUGGCUGCGGGCCAAGCGCCUCACCCCGGACCUCGUCCAGGGCCUUUCCAGCCCGAUGCUGCGCUGCCCAUCCCAGCGUCUCCUGGACAGGAUCGUGCGGCGCUACGCUGAGGUGCCAGAUGCUGGCAGCAUCUACAUGGACCACCUCACUGACCGGGACAAACUACGCCUGUUGUACACCCUGUCGGUGAAUUCACACCCCAUCUUGUUACAGAUCUUCCCCAGCGUGGAGGGAUGGCCCUUCCCGCGGUACCUGGGCUCCUGCGGGCGGCUGGUGGUCAGCGCCAGCACCCGGCCCCUGCGCGACUUCUACGGCGCGGCUCCCGACGUGGCAGCUGACCUGGCCCUCCAGCUCCUCGCCGUCCUGCGCUCCAUGGGCACCAACGACCUCAACUACUUCUUCUACUUCACCCAUGUGGACGCUGGCACUUUCGGCGUGUUUAGCAACGGGCAUCUGUUCAUCCGGGAUGCCAGCACGCUGGGGAUCAUCGACAAGGAGGAAGGGAGCCAGCUGAUUGACGGCCAGCAGGAGUAUAAAGACAUAUUUAGCUGUUUGACUGUGGACUGCUCAUCCACCUUUGUGUCCUGUAACUCCAUCAGAGAGGAGCACAGCCUCGUCAUGGUGUGUCAAGAGCUUUUGCCUAAGCUGCUGAAAGGGAAAUUUCGGCAACCCGUGCAGGAGAAAAUAGACACCUUCCUGCAGCACUGCGCCGAUGGCCUCGACGAUGACCAGGGUGUCAACGAGACGGCCGCAAAGCUGGCAGAGCUCCUGAAACCUCUGCGGUCCUGCGACUCCCGUUUCGCCUACCGCUACCCUGACUGCAAGUACAGUGACAAAUACUGA